CAGGAGACGAAGAAGAAGUGACGUCAGACUCGAGCCAGAGCCAACAUGGCGGCCGUGUUGAGGUUUGUCAACAAAAAUGCUUCAGCAGCAAUGGGACAGCAAUACUUGUUAUUGAGCCUUGCAGCAAAGGCUGGGGUGAGAGCAGGUCAGACCUUCCCGCAGAGAGUGAAAGUAGUGGAGGUGGGACCCAGAGAUGGUCUUCAGAACGAAAAGACUAUUGUCCCAACAGAAACAAAAAUCCAUUUGAUAGACAUGUUGUCAGAAUCUGGGCUGUCAGUAGUAGAAGCCACCAGCUUUGUAUCACCCAAGUGGGUUCCACAGAUGGCCGACCAGGUGGAGGUAAUGAAGGGGAUUUGUAGGAAACCUGGGGUGUCUUAUCCUGUCCUCACCCCCAACCUAAAGGGCUUCCAGGCUGCUGUGAAGGCGGGAGCCUCAGAGGUUGCCAUAUUUGGUGCUGCAUCAGAGCUGUUCAGUAAAAAGAACAUCAACUGCUCAGUGGAUGAGAGUUUGCAGCGCUUUUCUGAGGUCAUGCAAGCUGCUAAAGAGGCAGGAGUGCCAGUAAGAGGCUAUGUGUCAUGCGUUCUUGGCUGCCCGUACGAAGGCAAGGUCGCUCCUGCCAAAGUUGCACAUGUGGCCAAGCGUUUGUACUCCAUGGGCUGCUAUGAGAUUUCCCUCGGCGACACGAUCGGUGUUGGCAAUCCAGGCAGCAUGCAGGAAAUGCUGGAGGUGGUGAGCCGAGAAGUGCCAGUUGAUGCCCUGGCGGUGCACUGUCAUGACACGUACGGCCAGGCCCUCGCUAAUAUCCUUGUAGCCUUGCAGAUGGGAGUCAGCGUGGUGGACUCUUCAAUAGCUGGGCUGGGAGGUUGCCCGUACGCACAAGGAGCUUCUGGGAAUGUUGCAACGGAGGAUGUUGUCUACAUGCUUCAUGGACUUGGGAUUCAAACUGGAGUGGACCUCUCCAAACUGAUGGAUGCAGGAGCUUUCAUCUGUCGAAGCCUCAACAAGAAGACCGGUUCUAAAGUGGCACAGGCCACCUGCAAACUGUAGGAAAGAACCGAACGGCGAGGUACCUAAUGAGCACAGUCAAGCCAGAGACCAUCAGGUGUUGUCUUCCUCCUCAUCACCUUCAUGUUAUCAUGACGCACAUGACAACUAGUAGUUCAAGUUGUCAUUGUCUGAUGGCGUAGCUGCAACAGUGCCUUAAAUAGAGCCGGUCCUGACGUCUGCAGAGGACAGGCUUUCCUCUGUGGUUGUGUUGCUACUAACCUGACUUUAUGGACAGUUGAGCUAAAUGUGAAGCCGCUGUUGAUGUCAGGAAAAGACACAAGUGUUUGAUGGUCCUUUGUGUGCAUUAAUUACUGUCCUCCAAUAUGAUCUUAUGAGUUUUUAAUAAUAUGGGUCUUUAAGUAUCCCUUAUAUUUAUUUUUAAAAAUGCCAUUGGAUAUACUGUAUAUAAAGUUGUGAAUGACUGAAAUAAACUGAAAUAAAUUUUGUAAGAGUGUCACAAGAUGA